AUGCGGUACCAGAGCUACAUAUCACACGGCAUGCGGUACCAGAGCUACAGCAAACAACAGGCCGUAUCAGAGCUGCAGCACACGGCAUGCGGUACCAGACCUGCAGCACACGACAUGCGGUACCAGAGCUGCGGCACACGGUACGCGGUACCAGAGCUACAGCACACGGCAUGCGGUACCAGAGCUGCCGCUACCAGAGCUGCCGCAGCGGCACACGGCACGCGGUACCAGAGCUGCAGCACACGGCAUGCGGUACCAGAGCUACAGCACACGGCAUGCGGUACCAGAGCUACAGCACACGGCAGGCGGUACCAGAGCUACAGCACACGGCAUGCGGUACCGGAGCUACAGCACACAGCAGGCGGUACCAGAGCUACAGCACACGGCAGGCGGUACCAGAGCUGCAACACACGGCAUUCGGUACCAGAGCUGCAGCACACGGUGGUUGAUUUGGUGUAUGUGGACGCAACGUUGAAGGGCGCCCUCAGUGAUAGCGUCUUCGUCAAUGUCCGUAGUGUAACAUAA